AUGAGACGUGUUGUACACGUUGACCAUGCUCGCAAGUCUGCUGAACAGGCCGUUAAGGCAAUCAAGGCCGCAGAAGAAUGGAAAUCAAUUCCUGAAUAUGACUAUCUUCCAUACUUUUACUCUCGAGCCUUUGAUCUCUCAUGGCAAUUCUAUGGUGACAACGUUGGAGAAACCGUUUUGUUUGGAGAUAAUGACCCAAAAUCGCCGAAGCCAAAAUUCGGAAGCUAUUGGAUUAAAGAAGGGAAAUUGAUUGGAGCGUUUUUGGAAGGUGGAACUUUUGAAGAGAACAAGGCAAUUGCUAAGGUCGCGCGAACGCAGCCUUCUGUUGAGAGCUUGACGUUUCUCACGACAAUGACGACAAAAGACGUUGCAUCAACUUCUGUUAAUGCCAAUGCUGUGAAAGUUACUGUAGCAUGGGAUUACCAGAACAUGAAGAACGCUAGAAGCUGA